AUGGCAGCGCCUACUCCCGAAGAGAACACCCCCGUGCAAAACGUGAAUAACAACCCACAUCCACCCAUAUCAUUUUAUAGAGAGCUCUACCGAAAUCACUUCAAACAUGAUAGUGCAUCUAUGACGCCUCCUCGUAUCAAGAUAUUAAAAGAUAUCUUAAUACCAAUCGUGAGUACUUAUCAGCUCGCCAACCCCGACGGUAUCACCUCGGUGCGCUUUAUCAACGACUAUCAUGAACAUAAGAAUGUGAAGGAGGAAGGUAUAGGACACAUGCUCUCGUCCGUAGGGUGGUGGGGCAACUCUAGGAUUGCCUUAGCUCUACGACGGAAGGUUUUAGAACCUUUGGGAUUAAUGAGGGGAGAGACAGGUAAUAUAGAUAAGAUGCUGCUGGUGCUAGUCGUUACAGACGGAGAGAUUGAGGGAGAGGACCCAAAGAAUCUAAAGGAGUUGAUAGAUGACACAUUGCUGGGAAUGAAAGAGAGGUAUUGCGCCGGGGCUGUAGCCUUUCAGUUUGGGCGCAUUGGAAUGGACGACGAUCCUAACAACUACCUUUUAGAGCUUGAUAAGAACACUAGUCAAUACGUAGAUAGUGUUCCACUGGAUAUUAAACUCGAGAUGAUAGAAAAGGGAGAAGAAAGUAAAUGGGAUGCGCUUCGAAAAAUACUAUGUGGUGCAAUCGAUAACUGGGUUAAUGAUGAUGACGAGAGAAGCGGCGACGAAGAAGAGGAGGAAUAUGACCAAGAUGUUCAGCCAUCGGCGAGCUAA